AUGUCAAGCUCGCGACAAUGGCCUGGCGAACGUCACCCCACGCGGUGGGAUGUUCACGAUGCAAAUGAAAGUCCGGCCGUCACAUUUCUUGAUCGGUUUCGAGCCGCGCUACUUCACAGUGAAGGCGCCGAAGAGGAUUGCCUGCUGGACUCAGACUCCGUUAUUGACAGCUCAGAGAAUAUGAAUACGUCUGUCAGAUCGUAUACUUAUCCAAUGGCAUUGUUAUCUGAUGUUCCAGCGACUCCUUCGGAAGAACAGCUGGAACGCCUCCAAGCAGCAUUUUUCAAUUCAUUCAAGCAACAUAUAUUCAUGAAUGCUAUCGACGUCGUUGGCUCUCCUUCGGAUUCACUGCCCCCAUACCUUCAAUUUGCCCUUGCCUGCGUUGGCUCAAUGACGUCUCCCGAAGAUGCCUGUGUCUUUACUACGCCAAAUGGGACUGUUGAAAUCGAUGUUGCAGCCCAUUUAUUCGUGGCUGGCGUCAAUCUGUGGUCUGUCAUGCUAGAGGUCGACAAUCGGGAAACUCGUCUGCUCGAAGCUGUCGUUGCGGCGGUGCUAUUGGUGACUUACGGCGUUCUAUCGGCUGACAGAAAUGUCUGGAGAAAAUCAAGCGGCGUACUAUGCAAUAUUGUCACUAUAUCACGGCGUCUACAUUUGACCGAUGGAUAUUCGCCUAUCUACACCUCCGGUGAACUUCCAGAAAAAGACUUUAGUAUGAAGAGCUCUCUCAUCAGCUUUAUGCUACUGACCGACAUCAUGCAAGCUGUACAUUGUGGCUUGACGCCAAACUAUUCGACAAGCGAACUUUUCAUCAAGAUGCCUUCAUCGAAUCACCAAUUCCGGACUAUAUACAACUCACUAACCCACGGUUAUACAGUUCCGCCAGAUGUCAAGAGUCGGGAGGAUGCACUUUUGAUCCUUACUGCUUUGCUAGGAGAUAUCAUCUACAUGCAACGAUGUCACCUUUCAAUUCCACUCCAGUCUGAUCACCACUCCUUAGCACUUCGGAACCCUUACACACCCCUGUCUUCAACAUCUGAAACUUCGCGAUUAACCGCGGAUAUGAUGGCUGCACUUGCUAGAUGGGAGCAGCAUUUUCAACAGCAAGGCGACAACGAUAUUCGCGCUCUGUACUACUUCACCAAAGUCCAGUUAAUGUGUCCGGGUAUCUGGGAACUGCCUCGCCUAGCUAGAUAUGGAGCCGACAGUCCAUCGAGCGAACCUCCUUCUACAAAGGAUUUCGAGAUCCCUGACAAAGCAAUCGACCUUGCUUGGCUCGUCUUUGACAAUUGUGACAAGGCGUCAAAAGUUCCGGAACGCAAAGUGGCCAUUUGGCUUCCAAUUGUUCUAUUCAUGUCGUCGUUGGUAAUAUGGAAGAAGCUACACUCUCAGCACCCGACCGAUCUCAAGCAUGGAACCCUAAGAGUGCUGGGCAUGUUUAAGGACGAGAUUGCCAAACUUCCAUGGCCAUGCUGUGCUGAAAUGACGAACACGCUGGACAGGCUCAUGAAGAAUUAG